AAGUGGUUACCGGAGCCCAUAGACAUCUACAACGUAAAUGCCGCCACCCACCUUGAGACAUGUUUAACUUUUAAAAGUACAACGGCUGCCCCGCCCUUCAAACCGAAACGCAUUACUGCUUCACGGCAGAAAUAAGUUGGUGGUGCCUACCCUUGCGGGCUCAUAAGACGUUCUACCACCGUCUAUCUGGACAAGUAUUUGCAUUGCUGCAAUUGCAAAACACAGAUAAUCAUUAUUCACAAAAAAUAAUGAAAACAACUGACAUUUUGAAUGAGAGACAUGUUGACGCAAAAUGAAUUAGAAUUUCAGACCGGUUUCACUGAUCGCGUCAUCGGUAGGCUACAAAUUUGGUAUCAAUGAACAACUACUAUAUUUUGUUGUUUUAAAUAGUUGUUGUAUGCUUUAGAUAUUUGCAUUUAAUACAAAUUCACGUGUAUGCAAGUGAACGUCGUUGAUAAGCGUGAACGGUGGAAGUAGGGCACAGUGUACAGACUGUGACACCGAUGAUGGCCAGUCCCGUCACUGUCCGCCAGUCCACUACUGGCAACUGAGUAGCGCGCAUGAUUUAAAACCUCUAUCAAGUUUCACUAAACUUAUAUCGGAAGAUUAAAAAAAAAACAAUAAAUUUUUAUUUAACGUUUUAGUUGAACGAACUCAUCUAGUAAAGUGAAAAUGCCAAUGGAGGUAUUUUAAAAAAGUAUACCGAGUGCUGACAACGGAGCUUUUUUAAGUUCACCAUAAAAAAAUAAAUUAAACUUUCACACAUAUUAUUUAUAAUUUAUAACUUGUAAAGAAAAAAGAACUUAAGAAAAAAGAAUUUAAGAAAAAAGAACUAAAGAAUAAAAUAAGAAGAAAGAAGAAAACAUGGAACUGCAAAUGGAUGUAAACGGAAACCCUUAUGUGGUUUGGGGGGAGCACAAAAUUCAAUUGGAACGAGAACCAGUAACCGAUGAAGCAUUAUUGGAAAAAGCAGAAAAAGAACUAAGAGAAACUCCUGAGAUCGUAGAGAAAGCUGUGGCUGAUCUCAGAACACUUUUAAAAGGAGAGAAGAAUCUGUUUGUACCAUACGAAAAUGACGAUUUUCUUAUAAGAUUUCUACGACCCUGUAAAUUUUAUCCAGAGAGUGCUUUCAAAAGAAUUAAAGCAUAUUAUAAAUUUAAAAUAUCCUAUCCUGAAUACUGCCGCGACCUUUUGCCGUCUGCUACACGAGAUGUCUUUAAGCACUCCAUAAUGUCAGCUCUUUCGCCGAGAGAUCAAAAUGGCUGCCGUAUUCUAGCGGUAGAAUCUGGAGAGAGGUGGAAUCCUCGCGAGGUAUCUCUGAGGGACAUGUUUAGAGUUAUACAAAUGGGUUUGGUUGGUGCGAUAUCAGAGCCACGCACACAGAUCUGCGGUAUUGUAUCAAUCUUGGAUAUGAAAGGCUUAUCGUUCUCCCACGUCAUGCAAUUUACUCCAUCUUAUGCCAAAAUGGUCCUGGAGUGGCUUCAGGAUUGCGUACCGAUUCGUCUUAAGGCUGUUCAUAUUAUAAACCAGCCGUACAUAUUCAACAUGCUAUUCGCAAUAUUCAAGCCGUUUAUCAGGGAAAAGCUUCGGGGGCGAAUAUAUCUUCAUGGGUCCAAUUUGGCGUCUUUACGCGAGCACAUUGAUCCUGAAGCAUUGCGAAAGCGACACGGAGGCUACCUACCAGAGCCAGAAAUAGAUGGGGAGGUAUUAUGGAAGAUGAUGUGUUUUCACGAAAAAGAUUUUGAACUGGCCAAUUCAUACGGAUACACAGCGAACAAUAAUAACAACAAAUAAGAUAAAAAUGUUUAGGUUUGUAUGAGGAUUUGUUUUUAUUUGGUGGUACAUAUUUAAUUUUUAGCGUAAUAUUUCAUGACUUUGUUAAUUAUUUUUUUAGUUACUAGGUUUAACACAUACAAAUAUACGUUAAGUUACUUUU